GAUAUCUUUUAAUAGCUUGUUUUUGUCAGAGACCAAGGCACUCUGUAUCUGAUGGCGAGCCCACACCCUCUGUAUAAGCCCCGCCUCCGUCAAACGCAAACACAUCUUCAAAUAGACGCACGUGUUAUGCCGCUCUCGCAGCCUUGACUAUGGACUAAUUCGAGGACAGAGCAGAAAAGAGAGACGGGCGGCUAAUGCGAAUAUAUCAAGGGAAGUCGGCUGUUAUUUCAGCUCUUUUUUGCCCAGCCAGACUCGUCCAACAGUGGCUUCCUAAACUUCUCCAUCAGGGAGGCUGGUGAGAGAACCACUGUUUCCAUCCAUCUAUCCAUUUAUUUAUUUAAAGGCCUGGAGCCUUUCCCAAGGAACUCUGGGCACAAGGCAGGGGACACUCUGGACACGGUGCUAACCCAUCGCAGGGCACAGUUGCACACACAUUAUGGACAAUUUGAAAAUGUCAACCAGAUUACACCACAUGUUUUAGGACUGGGGGUGGAAACCGGAGUACCCGGAGGAAACCCCCAAAGCACGGGGAGAACAUGCAGACUCGACGGAUACAGGACUGAGAUGGGAUUCAAGCCCCGGAACUGGGCAGUGCAAAACAAACGUGCUAACCACUAAGCUACCAUGCCUCUUAGAACUCUUUAUAGCUGCUAUAGCAUAUAGCUGCUAUAGGAUAAGUUAUAACGAGAACAAACUUGUCUCGAGGAUGUUAUUAUAUAUAAACAUAAAAUUAUAUAUAAAUAUCAUAAUUAUAGUUAUAAUAGUUAUCAAAUUGCUGUGGUAUAAGAGUACUAAAACUCUUAACAGUCCCUCCAGGAUUUUACGACUGCAGAAAUUAACGCAAAAUAAAAAACUCCGCAAUAUUCAGAGGCGCUUGCAAUUUUUCACAAUUACAGCACAUUGUCUGCAGAUUUGGGCCAAGAUGCACCAUGUGAUGUCAUACAUUCAGCCAAAGCCAUCUUUGAUUCAUGUGCGUUGAACAGGAUUACAGCUCAUGAGUACAGCCUCAUUUACCAACAAACAUCACUGCAAAAAUACAGUGCAAAACAAUUUCAUGCACUUGUGAUUUCGCAAAUUCAACAAAGUUUUCCGCAGAAAACGCACGAAACUCCACAAGUUGCAUCACAAAUUUAAAAAAAGGAAGGGAAAAAAAAAGCUGCCACAAAGACAAGCAUUUUUGGCUGCAACAAUCACAAAAAAAAACUAAUUUCUGUGCGGACUGAUUUUAGGAGUUGCUGUUAUUAGAAAAUGGUUACAGAACCUCUGCUUUGCAUUGGGCAUCACACCACCCCAUCAUGGAUUAUUUUCCUAUAUCUCCACUUCCCAUUUUUGUUUAUUCAUUACAUAAGAUUGGCUAACAUUACAUAACGUUUGCUAACUCGGUAACUUAAGGCCUGUAGAACCUCUAAAUUGUCAUGACACGCAUUCAGUGGGAGUGCGUUCGAUCUGAAUGCUCUCAUGCCAGUGCCAGAGUGAAAAGCAAUCAAAUGUGAUUAAAAAUAGUUGCAGCUCAUAGCAAAGCCUAUGAGUUAUUAUAUCAAAUUUCUUAGGGUGCUAUGACAUAUAUGCAGUGGUUAGUCUUUUUAAUUAAAACUCUGGUGUGUUUCCAUUGGGGGUGUUUCCAUCGGGUGUGGUUCCUUUGGGCAUGUGAGGACAUACUAGUUAUAUGAAGUUGUGGACCAAAUCCAAUUCAGCUGUAUUGAGAAGACGUUUAGACUUUGAAUCAACCCAACGGCAGGAAUUGAACAGUGAUAUGGAGAUGAACUAUGAUCCAGAGGUGCAGUUAAAAUUGUCUUGUCCGGAAUCAGGAAAAGUUCAUAUAAAGGGAAAAACUCAAGAGAGAGGCCAGUGGUCAAAUAAAGUUGAAUUUCUCCUGGCUGUUGCUGGGCAAAUCAUCGGUCUAGGAAAUGUGUGGAGGUUCCCAUACUUGUGCUACAAGAAUGGAGGAGGAGUGUUUUUCAUUCCAUAUUUGGUCUUCCUAUUUGCCUGUGGCAUUCCACUGUUUCUCAUGGAAAUAUCAUUGGGUCAGUACACCAGUCAGGGUAGCAUCACCUGCUGGAGGAAAAUUUGCCCCUUGUUUGAAGGAUUGGGUUAUGGAACUCAGGUGGUCGUGUUGUACUCCAGCAUCUACUACAUCGUCAUUUUGGCCUGGGCAUUCUUCUAUCUUUUUUCUUCCUUUAGCGCUGAGGUGCCAUGGGCUACCUGCAGCAAUACAUGGAAUACCGAAACAUGCACUGAAUUUGAGAAAAUGCAUAACUCUACUAUACCAGAGAAUGCAACUUCACCUGUUAAAGAAUUCUGGGAGAGGAGAGUGCUAAAUCUCACAGGUAGUAUACAGGAGCUGGGCAAUGUGAGGUGGGAGCUGGCUCUGUGUCUCCUCUUGGCUUGGAUCAUCUGCUACUUCUGUGUGUGGAAGGGAGUGAAGUCUACAGGCAAGGUGGUCUAUUUCACUGCUACCUUUCCUUAUGUAAUAUUGGCAGUGCUUUUGGUGCGUGGACUUACGCUGCCUGGAGCUGUCGAUGGCAUCAUUUUUUACCUCUAUCCAGAUCCUACACGCCUCACAGACCCACAGGUGUGGAUGGAUGCUGGAACGCAGAUUUUUUACUCCUACGCUCUCUGCAUUGGGUGCCUCACUGCUCUGGGAAGCUACAACAAGUACAAUAAUAACUGCUACAAGGACUGUAUUUAUCUGUGCCUGUUGAACAGUGGGACCAGUUUUGUGGCAGGCUUUGCCAUCUUCUCUGUGCUGGGUUUCAUGGCCUAUGAGCAGGAGACAGACAUCUCAAAAGUGGCAGAGUCAGGUCCAGGGUUGGCCUUCAUUGCAUACCCCAGGGCAGUUGCAAUGAUGCCUCUUCCACAACUAUGGGCUAUUUGUUUCUUCCUUAUGAUUAUUCUACUUGGACUGGACAGUGAGUUUGUCUGUUUGGAGGCACUGAUGACUGCUGUAACCGACAUGUACCCCUCAUUCUUCCUCUUUGGUCAUCGCCGCAAAGGAUUCCUGCUCAUCAUUUGUUUUGGGUGUUUCUUGAUUGGCCUGGUUAUGGUAACGGAGGGUGGCUUGUAUAUUUUCCAGUUGUUUGAUUAUUAUUGCUGCAGUGGGAUGACACUUCUGUUAUUUGCCAUUCUGCAGUCAGUAUGUAUAGGGUGGGUGUAUGGUGCUGAUCGUCUUUAUGAUAACAUCGAGGACAUGAUUGGCUAUAAGCCAAUGUUCUUAAUAAAGUAUGGCUGGAAGUACCUCACCCCUCUAUUCUGCGCCUUACGGGGCGGCUGUGGCUCAGGUGGUAGAGCGGGUUGUCCACUAAUCGUAGGGUUGGCAGUUCGAUUCCCGGCCCGCAUGACUCCAUAUGCCGAAGUGUCCUUGGGCAAGACACUGAACCCCAAGUUGCUCCCGAUGGGUACAUUUGUCUUCUCUCUGAUCAAAUUCACUCCUCUGAAGUUUAACAAUGUUAUUGAAUACCCCUGGUGGGGCUAUGCUAUUGGUUGGUGGUUCACACUCUCUUCAACUUUGUUGGUUCCUCUUUGGAUGAUCUAUGUGCUGCUCACUUCUAGUGGCUCGCUGAGACAGAGACUACGUGCUCUCUGCACCCCAGCAAGUGACCUUAGGUAAACACUAUGCAACUGGAAGCUAUGGAGGAUUUCUUGCUUUAUUGCACCGUCAAGAACAUCCCUGAAGCACAAAGGGCAAUAGUUAAGUCAACCAUGCAUAUGUCAAAAAUGCACUUUUAUAUUGGCCUUUGGCCUUUCCUCAACUAGAAAUGCUGUGAAGUUGGUGUAGAUAUGCACACUUUAAUCAUUGUAACUGUCAGUCUGUAAAAAAGAAACAUGAAUUGUAGAUAUCACUAUUUGUAACUGUGUAGAGUACAUUUUGCAAAUAAAAUCAAUAAGGGGUCGGUAGGCGUGAGUGCACACGUCAUAAGAAUGUAUCAGAAGGAGAAGAAGACCAUUAUAAGCACAUAGUAUGUGAUUUACAUUCUCAAAUAAUCGUAUUGGAGAAGAUUAUUUGGCUUCAGUCAUUAUAAAAUGAAUGACUGUUUUUACUGUAAUCAUUCCUUUGGCAAAACAAAGCAAUAUCGUUUAUUACAUAUACAUUUGAAAGUGAAAUCAUGCAGUACAUGAAAACCAGUUAAAAGAUUGUACACCUUAAACUGUGGACCUGUAUUUUUGUGUGUUUCAAGUAUAUUGCCAUGGCAUCUCUUCUUGAUAGCAAUGUUUUGCUAUUUGUCUCCUAUUACUGAUAACAGUUUCUCAAAAAUUAUGUUUCAUAAAUUGUGCUGCAUUUUGCUGACUAGGGCUGCGUUUGUUGAAAACAAUUCAUCUUGAUAUCAAACAGUGUAGCAAAGAAUGUGUGUUGUUGAGCAUAUGAAUGUGUAUGCAUGAUGCCCUUGUUGAAUUAGAACUUCACUCAAGAUCCAAAUAGAGAAGUAUCUCGUGAAGUACUUAGUCAAGUUACUUGUUAGUAAAUGAACUACUUUACAUGCUAUCCUGGUUGAGAGGGGUUUUGGUAAAUACUCAUUAAUUCAUUAAUAAUAAGAUCAGUGUUAAAAUAAAGUUAACAAACUUCUUAGCAUUAUGAUCUUUCACUAUAGAUUUUUGUUUUUCUUUACAAUAUGUGAUUUUUACAAAUAUAAAAUAGCUUUUAUAUUUACAGAUCACAGUUUAUAAUUGCAAAAAGUACUCUACAUAUCUGUACAUUUUUAUUUACAUUUACAAAUCUGAAGUUCCUAUAACAAAACCUUCUGCUCUGUAAGAGUUAAGAGCUCUUUAAUCAUCUACUCAGUGACAGGAAAGUAAAUAGCAAUAUUAAUGAGAUUCAAAGUGCCUUUUGUAUCCUAACUUGGUUCUACUUGAUUUCCACACUCCACUUUGUUCAAAGAAUCUGUAUAACCAGUUGCAAAAAAAAAAAAAGCAGAACAUCUGCAGUAAUAAAUCAACAAUUCCAGACAGAUAAUGCACUGAUUUCACAAAAGAAUUCCAGCCAUAUUUGGCAAUCAUGGUGCUUACUAAUCUUUAUUGAGAAUUGUUUUCUCACAUAAAGAUUCAAAUUCAGAAGUUGUUUUACCUCAUUUUUAUAUAGUUUCUUGUUCCUCUGUUUUGGGUCAUAAUUUGAAAAAUGUUGAUUGUCUACAAAUUUAGAGAACAGCAUAGCUAUUCAUUUUAUGAACAGAGUGUGAUCAAUUUUAUCAUUGAAUAACUAUAUAAUACAGUGUAUUGAUAUGCAACUUUUAAAUGUUACUUGUUCAGAACUCGUAAAGCAUCAGUACAAUUUGGCAUCAUGCAAAGUAAGCUUUAAAGGUCCCAUAUUGUGAAAGAUGGAUUAUCAGAUUACUUUUGAACAUGCAGAAGCUGGAUAUGAUUUAGAAACACUGAGGAUUUGAAAAUGGCCCCCACUUCAAACAAUACAAUGCAGAUGAUGAAACUUCUGAUCCUAAUUUCACAAAAUAACACCAAAUCAUUUUGGAACUAUAGUUUACCCUACACAAAGUAGGAAGCAUUGAAAUCAGUGGCCCAUUGAGAAAAGCUCACACUGCGCCACCAGAUCCACCCUAAAUUGUGUGAACUGUAUGACACUUUUUUUUUAAAAAAUAUUGUUUAUAAUGGCACAAGAACACAUUUUAGGCAGUAUUGUUUGGUGCUGGAGGCUGAGAAGUGUACUGUAAAUGUCUUUUGUUGAUCUUAAAUUAUAGAAGUAGAAUAUAGAAUUGUGAGAAGUCUAGCUAGGUGUUGAUCGCUUUUGUUGUUGAUUGCACAUUGGAAAUUUCACUGUCCUAGUUCACAUCCUUGUAGCUCAUCUAAAAGCACAUGAGAAAUGUAACACAAGGUGGCCAGUGUGAUUCAUCACCAUGCAUUCUAACUGGAAAGAUGACUUUUAUUUUAUUUUUUUCUAUAUUAAAAUGUAUGUGUGUGGAAUUUUUUAUAACUACAUGACCAUAUGGAAUUAUUUUUGAAACAUUCAAUCUUAGAAAUGUUUUUGAAAAAAAUAGGUGGUGUUAAUAAAUAUUUGUUGUAAAUUGUGAUGUACAUGAUUGCUAACAUGUUAAAUGUCAGUCAUGUUUAGAUGUCCAUUUAGUAUUCAGAUUUUGUGUAAUGAUGGUUCUUAUGCUAUUUACUUUACUAUGCUGCAAUAUAUUAUAGUUUUACAUUAUUGUAGAGUUUUGUAUUGAUCUAAAUCAGGUAGCGGUGCAUUAAACUGUAGUAUGGUGUAUAUGGUAACACUGUUAUGUUAUUAAAGGUACUUUUAUUCUCCAA